CUUCUCUAACCACUCCUUCGAUGCAUACCAACCUUCCUUUGCUACCACUCGAACUCGAAUGGGAAAUAUUCGAGCUCACUGCACGCGUUUAUCCCGCAGAAGCUCCCGGGCUCCUGCUGAUCGCACGACGGGUACAUUCCUGGAUUGAACCAAUACUGUACGAAAUCGUGGUUCUGGGCGGUGAAUCACCCAUGAUGGACCGCGGUUCCCAUUGCAAAUUCUUGCAGAUGGUCGACUCCAAGCCAACCGAAUUCUUUGGGCGCGUCGUAAAGCGGCUCUGUUUGACGUACCAUGCUCAUAACGAAUCAGCGAUGCAUCUGCUUCACCAGUGUACAGGAAUGAUCUCGUUGGCUUGCUGGAGCCCUACUAUUGUGUCUCCCAGCUCCUUAGAUUCCAUCGCAAGCCUCAGAUUUCUUCGUCAUUUAUCUAUCCCAGUCACCUAUUUCAUGGAUAUCCCCAUCUCCAAUGACCCGACAUGCAACUGGCACUGUCGUCUAACACAUCUGGAAAUCAUCAUCCCAGCUGUUCAACUGCAUCACUUGCAGCUUGCAAUGGCAGAACGCUUGCUAGCUCUACCUUCACUCACUCACCUCGGCUUUCUGGAUUUUCCGAAUAGCCUGGAGUAUCAUUUCAUUCCACGAUUCCUUGAGGAACACACUUCCUUGGAAGUCGUGUAUCUCCUUUUGUAUUAUUUCGACGAGCGGCCCGGGCAGGAUCACCCGUGGGGAGAUGAUGAUCGUGUCGUCGCUUUGGUGAGAUCUAGAUGUAAAUACGAUUCAAUUGCCCAUUGGGAGUCGGGGGCAUUAUGGAAGACAGCGACUGAAGCUGUCAGCCGUCGAAGGGCCAUGAUAACUACACAUUGAAUGGCAUCCCUCUGUACAAUUUGCUAGUUGCUUAACAUUGCAGAUAUAUGGAUGAUGAUUUGUUUAAUCACGG